CUCCGCCAUAGCACACAACAACAGAGUCGAGUCAUCGCAUCGUAUUGCGCCUGAUAUUCAACAGCUUAGCUAGAGCCAAGAGCGAGUUGAAGCAGCCAUGGUGCUCUCCAGGGCCGCCUCCGACACCGACGUGUCGGUGCACUCCACCUUCGCCUCCCGCUAUGUCCGCUCGUCCCUCCCGAGGUAUCGCAUGCCGGAGAACUCGAUCCCCAAGGAGGCGGCGUACCAGAUCAUCAACGACGAGCUGAUGCUGGACGGCAACCCGCGGCUGAACCUGGCGUCGUUCGUCACCACGUGGAUGGAGCCCGAGUGCGACAAGCUCAUCAUGGCCUCCAUCAACAAGAACUACGUCGACAUGGACGAGUACCCGGUCACCACCGAGUUCCAGAACCGGUGCGUGAACAUGAUCGCGCAUCUCUUCCACGCGCCGCUGGGCGAGUCGGAGACGGCGGUGGGCGUGGGCACGGUGGGGUCGUCGGAGGCCAUCAUGCUGGCCGGGCUGGCCUUCAAGCGGAGGUGGCAGAACAAGCGCAAGGCCGAGGGCAAGCCCUUCGACAAGCCCAACAUCAUCACCGGCGCCAACGUCCAGGUGUGCUGGGAGAAGUUCGCUCGGUACUUUGAGGUGGAGCUCAAGGAGGUGAAGCUGCGGGAGGGGUACUACGUCAUGGACCCGGAGCAGGCGGUGGAGAUGGUGGACGAGAACACCAUCUGCGUCGCCGCCAUCCUCGGCUCCACGCUCAACGGCGAGUUCGAGGACGUCAAGCGCAUCAACGACCUGCUGGAGGAGAAGAACAAGCAGACAGGGUGGGAGACGCCGAUCCACGUGGACGCGGCGAGCGGCGGCUUCAUCGCGCCGUUCCUGUACCCGGAGCUGGAGUGGGACUUCCGGCUGCCGUGGGUGAAGAGCAUCAACGUGAGCGGCCACAAGUACGGCCUCGUCUACCCCGGCAUCGGCUGGUGCGUCUGGCGCACCAAGGAGGACCUCCCCGACGAGCUCAUCUUCCACAUCAACUACCUCGGCUCCGACCAGCCCACCUUCACUCUCAACUUCUCCAAGGGCUCCAGCCAGGUCAUCGCCCAGUACUACCAGCUCAUCCGCCAUGGCUUGGAGGUAACUUCUUUACCGCAUCGAUCAGGACAGGAGGAUUCAUUUGGUAAAGGAGCUGACACGAUCUACAUCCAUACAAUAACGCAGGGGUACAGGAACAUCAUGGAGAACUGCCAGGAGAACGCCAUGGUGGUGAAGGAGGGCCUGGAGAAGACGGGGCGCUUCAACAUCGUGUCCAAGGACGAGGGCGUGCCGCUGGUGGCCUUCUCGCUCAAGGACCACAGCCGGCACGACGAGUUCGAGAUCUCCGACAUGCUGCGCCGCUUCGGCUGGAUCGUGCCGGCCUACACCAUGCCCGCCGACGCGCAGCACGUCACGGUGCUCCGCGUCGUCAUCCGGGAGGAGUUCAGCCGCACCCUCGCCGAGCGCCUCGUCCUCGACAUCGACACCGUCAUGGCCCAGCUCGACGCGCUCCCCUCCAAGCUCGCGCCCCCCGCCCUGCUGCCGGCCACGCUGCCCAAGACCGUCGUCGUCGCCAACGGCCACGUCAAGAAGACGGAGCUCGAGACGCAGAAGUCGGUCACGGAGGCGUGGAAGAAGUUUGUGCUUGCCAAGAAGACCAACGGCGUCUGCUAGUCACAAUCAACAGUCUCCAAAACCCAAAUCAUCAAGCUACCCAUCUUAUAGUACUAUUAUUAUGUGAGUCGAGUAAAACUAUUAUUAUAGGCUGAUUUAGGCCGAGUUUGUAACCAAAAUUUUGCUGUGGC